GACAAAUUAGAUUGCGGUAAUUCGAGCAGUUUGAAUUUCUGCAUCACGCACCUGAUAACACUGAGGGUUGCUACGUAUCUGACUGACAAUGAGCAAAGCACAUCAACCUGAGCUUAAGAAGUACCUUGACAAGCGACUAAGACUCAAAUUGAAUGCUAAUCGAGAAGUUGUUGGUAUUCUGCGUGGGUUCGACGCUUUCAUGAAUAUUGUUCUCAGUGAUGCUUAUGAAGUUACCAAAGAUGGUACGCAAAUCAAGAUUGAUAUGGCCGUUGUCCGUGGCAACAGCAUUAACAUUGUAGAAGGCGUAGAUCGCAUAUAAAUAACUGUAUAUAGUGUUAUAUUUUAAUAAAAUUUUUUUUCUUGUGAA